AUUGACUCCAUUAGCACCAUUGGUUACAAAUAAAAUAUAUGUAUUUUUCGUAUUGGGAAUUUAAUAUAUUUUUUUAUUAGGUAACGGUCACGAGAAGUCAUUAAACUAUCAAUCCAAGUCGCUGUUUGCUUUAGUGUUUUAGUCAAUGGUCUUCUUCUCUCUUCCACACUUGCCUCUUGAAAAACCAGAGUCCUAGUUCCAUGCUUUCGAUUUCAACGCGAGACAUCAUCGAUCAUGGUGGAUUAUUCUUCUUCUUCUUCUUCAUCCGUUCAAUUAUCUCCGCCGCAGCAUCAAGUCUUCCUCAAUUUCCGAGGGAAACAACUGCGGAACGGUUUCGUCAGCCAUCUGGAGAAAGCCUUGAGGAGGGAUGGAAUCAACGUCUUUAUCGACAGAAACGAAACCAAAGGUAGAGAUCUCAGUAACCUUUUCUCGAGAAUCCAGGAGUCGAGGAUCGCGCUCGCCAUUUUCUCUAGCAUGUAUACGGAGUCGUAUUGGUGCUUGGACGAGCUUGUGAAGAUUAAGGAUUGUGUUGACUUAGGCACACUUGUCGUUAUUCCCAUCUUCUACAUGGUGGACACAGACGAUGUCAAAAACCUAAAGGGCGCUUUUGGUUACACGUUCUGGAAAUUGGCUAAGACUUGUAAUGGUGAAAAGCUCGAUAAGUGGAAACAAGCUUUAAAGGAUGUUCCUAAAAAGCUUGGCUUUACGUUGAGCGAAAUGAGCGAUGAAGGCGAAUCCAUCAAUCAAAUUGUAGGGGAAGUCAUAAAGGUGCUAUCAUCUGAUGUUAUGCCUGAUCUAGAAAGGGAAAUCCCCAUUGAUGAUCCUUUUCCAACAGGAGAACAAGUACCUGAAGCUGCUCCUGACUCGCCUCCUCCUCUGUUUGGCAUUGAAACACGACUUAAGCAAUUGGAAGAGAAGUUGGAUUUUGAGUGCAAGGAUACUCUUACCAUUGGUGUUGUUGGGAUGCCUGGUAUUGGUAAGACCACUCUGACUAGUAUGCUUUAUGAAAAGUGGCAACACGAUUUCCUACGCUGUGUUUUUCUUCAUGAUGUCCGUAAGAUGUGGAAAGACUGCAUGAUGGAUCGGAGCAUUUUCAUUGAAGAGUUGUUGAAGGAUGAUAACGUGAACCAAGAAGUCGCUGACUUUUCACCUGAAUCCUUGAAGGCACUCCUACUGAGUAAGAAAUCUCUUGUUGUUCUUGAUAAUGUGAGCGACAAGAAACAGAUAGAGGUUCUUCUCGGGGAAUCAGACUGGAUUAAGAGAGGUAGUAGAAUCUUUAUCACAACUAGCGACAGGUCGGUGAUCGAGGGGAUGGUUGAUGAUACAUAUGAGGUCCUGAGAUUGACUGGUAGAGACAGCUUUGAGUACUUUAGCUAUUUUGCCUUUAGUGGUAAGCUUUGUCCUCCAGUGAGAACUUUCAUGAAUCUGUCUAGAUUGUUUGCGGAUUAUGCUAAAGGCAACCCAUUAGCUCUCAAGAUAUUGGGUAAGGAGCUAAAUGGAAAAGACAAGACUCACUGGGAAGAGAAACUUAGCAAGCUGAUGCAAAGUCCCAAUAAGACAAUACAAGAUGUCUUGCGGGUAAGCUAUGAUGAACUAGGUUUGUCUCACAAAGAUGUCUUUCUUGAUGUCGCAUGUUUCUUUAGAUCAGGGGAUGAGUAUUACGUGAGGUGUUUAGUGGAAUCUUGUGACACUGAAGCCAUUGAUACUGUGAGUGAAAUAAAGGAUCUUGCCAGCAAAUUCUUGAUAAACAUUUCUGGCGGACGAGUGGAGAUGCAUGAUUUACUGUAUACAUUUGGUAAGGAACUUGGUUCACAAGGGUCGCGUAGGCUGUGGAACCAUAAAGCCGUUGUAGGUGCGCUGAAGAAUAGAGUGGGAGCCGUGAGAGGUAUUUUUCUUGACAUGUCUGAACUGAAGAAGAAACUUCCUUUGGACAGAAGUACCUUCAUCAAGAUGCGCAAUCUUAGAUACCUCAAAUUCUAUAGUUCUCGUUGUGAUCGAGAAUGUGAAGCUGAUAGCAAACUAAACUUUCCGGAGGGACUUGAGUUUCCGUUGGAUGAGAUACGUUACCUCUAUUGGCUAAAAUUCCCGUUGAUGAAACUUCCAAAAGACUUCAACCCCAAGAAUCUUACCGACUUUAACCUGCCUUACAGCGAGAUUGAAGAGCUCUGGGAGGGGGCUAAGGAUACACAGAAGUUAAAGUGGGUUGAUCUUAGCCACUCAAGAAAGUUAUGCAAUCUGUCAGGGUUGCUAAAUGCUGAGAGUCUCCAAAGACUAAAUCUUGAAGGGUGCACGAGUUUGGAGGAGUUGCCUCGUGAGAUGAAACGCAUGAAAAGCCUUAUUUUCCUCAACAUGAGAGGAUGCACGAGUCUCCGGGUUCUUCCGCGUAUGAAUCUGAUCUCUUUGAAAACUCUCAUCCUCACCAAUUGCUCAAGCAUUCAGAAAUUCCAGGUGAUUUCAGAUAACCUAGAAACUCUACACUUAGAUGGAACUGCAAUUGGCAAACUUCCUACCGACAUGGUGAAGCUCCAGAAACUGAUUGUAUUGAACUUGAAAGACUGCAAAAUGUUAGGUGCAGUUCCAGAAUUCCUAGGGAAGCUGAAAGCUCUGCAAGAACUGGUGCUAUCUGGUUGUUCAAAGCUCAAGACUUUUUCAGUUCCUAUUGAAACCAUGAAAUGCUUGCAGAUAUUAUUGCUUGACGGGACAGCACUUAAAGAAAUGCCAAAGUUAUUGCGGUUCAAUAGCUCUAGAGUGGAAGAUCUACCCGAAUUAAGACGUGGUAUUAAUGGCCUAUCCUCAUUGCGACGUCUAUGCUUAAGCAGGAACAAUAUGAUCAGCAAUCUGCAAAUCGACAUCAAUCAACUCUAUCAUCUGAAAUGGUUAGACCUGAAAUACUGCAAGAAUCUCACAUCAAUUCCAUUGCUUCCACCAAAUCUAGAGAUCUUAGAUGCACAUGGCUGCGAAAAACUGAAAACAGUUGCGUCGCCCAUGGCCCUUCUUAAGCUUAUGGAGCAGGUUCAGUCUAAAUUCAUUUUCACCAACUGCAACAAUCUGGAACAAGUUGCAAAGAAUAGCAUCACAUCGUAUGCUCAAAGGAAAAGCCAGCUAGAUGCACGUAGAUGCUACAAAGAGGGGGGUGUUUCAGAAGCUUUGUUCAUCGCUUGCUUUCCAGGAAGUGAUGUACCUUCAUGGUUCAACUAUCAAACAUUUGGAUCCGCAUUAAGGCUGAAGUUGCCGCCACAUUGGUGUGACAACAGGCUUUCAACAAUAGCUCUAUGUGCUGUUGUCACAUUCCCUGACACUCAAGAUGAAAUCAACCGUUUCUCAAUAGAGUGCACUUGUGAGUUCAAAAAUGAACUUGGGACAUGUAUACGUUUCAGUUGCACUCUUGGUGGAAGUUGGAUCGAGUCUCGCAAGAUUGAUUCAGAUCAUGUGUUUAUCGGUUACACUAGUAGCUCACACAUAACAAAACAUCUAGAAGGGUCGUUGAAGUUGAAAGAACAUGAUAAAUGUGUUCCUACGGAGGCUUCAAUCGAAUUUGAAGUGAUAGAUGGAGCAGGUGAAAUUGUGAAUUGUGGUUUAAGUUUGGUGUACGAGGAACCAAACCAUGUCGUUGUUGAAAGGAACUGUAAAGGAGCUUCAUCAAGAAGAGAUAUGUCCGUUGGAGAGAGCAUAUUGAGCAUUGCUGCUGGGUAUUUGUCCAAUGUUUUGAGGUUUCUGUGGCUAGGUGUUGUAUUCUUUAUGGUUUAUGGAUUUUCUAAAAUUUUUGUUAAAUAACUUUUUUUUGUCUUCAUUAAAUUACAUGUUUAUGUAUAGUGAAAUUUGUUACUGGACCGGGACUAAUCCAUGAGUUUCUUAGUUAGCUAAAAUUCUUCCAACGGGUUAAGAUAU